AUGGCUUCUCGACCAACAACCCCCAUGUGGCCUGAGCACGUUCUCGAGGUGCCAGCCAUCAGCGACGACGAACCCUUCUCUGACCUCGUCGAGAAGCUUUCAUUCUACUUUGCUGAGGCGGUCGAAGCUCCGUAUACCUUCGAAGAACUACGGUCAAUUCCGAAAGGAAUUGUCUUGUCGCCCUUGAUCAAGUAUCUCUCUGACGAAAUCCAUCAUCCUGCUAUCGUGUCAGCACUUCUAGCUCUGAAGACACAUUUUUCGGCGCUGGAUUCCGACGACGACAGAGGGGUCAACGAAGCUAGAGGGUAUGCUUGCGAGAUAGUAGCAUGGCGUUUUGUCACUCACCUAUCUGAACGCGAAGCCAUCGAAUUUCUCUUGUACGAGCUGCCUCCAUUGGGACCGGCAACACCACAUGAGCAAGACCCAGAAUCCGGAACGUUAGCUCGAACCAACGGCCAAAGAGCAUCAAAUGUGGCCAACGAGGACACGCCGCUUUUGGAUGAGUUCAAUAGGACGAAUGGACAUCGACGUUUGGGAACCGACAGUGUGACUGAAGUCACAGCCGCUGCACAAGGUGACGAGUUCACCAAUCAAUUCGUCAACCUGAGUGCCUUGGAAAUCGCCGCAGUAUCCGGCUCGAAGAAAUUUCUUAGCCAACGGGUCAUUCAGAGAAUCAUCGAUGGCAUAUGGCGGGGCGAUAUCGUGUUUUGGGAAACGCUAAGAUUCGACUCCGUCAAGGAAGCGAAGCGGUACAACCGUAGGCGCGCCGACCCAUUCUGUAGACUCCGGGUUCCUAGAUAUCUCAAAACGUUCGAGACACUGUUCUUCGCCACAUUUCUCCUGCUUUACUACGCAGUCCUUGUCCAGCGGAGCUAUACCCACAUCACCCCGGCGGAGAUUCUCCUGUAUAUCUGGAUAGCCGGCUUUGCGUAUGACGAGUUUGGUGAGAUCCAGGAUGCCGGACAGACUUCCUUUUACACAACGGAUUUCUGGUUCGUUUGGGAUUUGGGUAUCGUCGCUUUCGGCGCGGCAUUUCUCGUCCUUAGGAUCGUUGGGUUAUCCAUACAUUCGAGUGAUCUGGUAGACAUGGCUUUCGACAUACUGGCAUUGGAGGCUCUACUCCUGAUUCCUAGGAUAUUCUCUUUGUUGAGCUUGAACCCCUAUUUUGGCACACUGAUUCCAUGCCUAAAAGAGAUGACAAAGGACUUUUGCAAGUUCCUUUCCUUGGUGGUAAUCCUCUAUCUCGGCUUCCUAACGACAUUCACGCUACUGGCUCGGGACCAGAUCAAGCCCAAUGAAAUGUCCUGGAUAUUGAUCAAAGUCUUUUUCGGGUCAAGCUAUCUAGGAUUUGAUGUGGCGCAAGAGAUCUCCCCGUUGUUCGGUCCACCCGUCAUGCUCAUCUUCGUUGCUUUAACCAACAUUCUGCUCAUCACGUCGCUAAUAUCGCUGCUGUCAAACAGCCUGACCAAGGUUCUUGACCACGCACGUGACGAGUAUCUCUACAUAUAUUCGGUUUAUGUGUUGGAGGCGUCGACUUCGAAUCGCCUGACGUACUAUCUGCCGCCGCUGAACCUGAUCGCACUCCUGCUUCGGCCCCUCCGACUCGUGCUGCCCGCCGAGCGACUGAGGAGUGCACGCAUUGUCCUGCUCAAGGGGACACAUUUCCCGUUCGUUGCCGCAAUCUGGGCGUAUGAGCAUGGACAGGACUACUGGAUGAGUCGAGCGCAGGCCCCGUCGACUUCGCUGUCGAUGGGCGGCCCCGAGACGUCGCCUUCCAAGAAACGGCCACCGCUGAAGUCAUCGCUUAAUUCUCCGCGUCCGUUGGCGGCAGCAACGGGCGUCCAAGCCUCGCUCGACGGGCACCUAGGCGGAUCACCCGCUAGGUAUCGGCCGCACACGGCGACGGGCACGUCCGACGGCGAUGCGCAGCUGAGAUCAUUGGUCAUCCACCUCAAUUCGCAAGUAGAGCAGCUCACUGCCAUGGUCGGGCAGCUCCAGGGCCAGCAAGGGACCACCCCUUCAGACGCGGAGUAG